AUGUGUCAGAUGGUCAUCUUCUGGCACGCCUGUACCCACCUGGUUGUCUCAUACAUGACAUGUGCGUUCGAAGAGGCAAGAAACCAUGAGGAACAAACAGCAACAACAGCGCUAAUGGAGAGCGACUGCUGGAUAUGUCAGCAGCAUGGUCAACCAUGUCGGGGCGAGCCCGACACUAUGAAGCGUCUACUAAUGACUGUCCAGAAUAUGGAGUGCAUUCUCGGCGUAUCGGCAGACGAAAGCGGGUUCCUUGAUAUGGUGGCUCGCUUUUACGCGCGAGGUGACCACAAGCGAUGGCUGCAGCCCGGCGUUGCGAAGGCCAAAUAUACAAAGGAAGACCCUUAUGUCCGUGGCUUGGAGAUCCAGACUUAUCUUUGUACUAGGGGCCGGAGCGAUUUCCAUAUGAACCCGGGCUAUGCGUUUGAUAUUAUGAUUGCUCUAUUUCAGCAAUGGGAUCGUUUGGAUUACUCGAAUCUCAAUUGGUCGAUGGCGGGAUAUCGGCGCCCUAGUGACUUCUUUUUUGUGUCGUCUAAUAUGAUCGGACUGCUGUCUCCUGAUGGGCAGGGGCUUGGUGAUAAACCGAAGACUGGGGUCCGGCAUGUGGCGCAGAGAUCUGGUCACUUGUCUAACGGUAACAUUUCGAUGCCAGCGCAGUGUAUAAUGGCCUCUAUUGGGACAGGGGAGCAAGGCUAUAAUCACAUCAGAACCGGUUCAUUGGCUAGACCUUACGUUCAGGGACAAUCCAUUCAGCCGCCGAUGGACGCUCAGGCUAGCUCAGUUCAUAAUGCUAUUGGGAACCCGGGCUUAUUACGCCCAUGGAGUGAUGGGCGUCCGUGCGAGGCGCCCAACAGGGCUCCAAUAACCAAAAAUCAAUACACCCAUCAUGUCUUCCGCUCCCUAUCCCCGCUCGGAGAGCCUGGACCGUCGAUGGAAAACCACACCCAGGCCUUGGACGAGAGAGCCACCCACCAAGUCGGCUUUCAUGUACACACAAACAGUCUCAAUCAUCCCUUAUUCGCAGCUGAAUGCGAUGGAGAUGUACACAUUAAUGGGACCUCUCAUGGGAUGGACCUCAAUCACCAUACAAAGACUGAUCCAAUCACCUACAACAACACUUUCCCUAUACCUGACAAUACACAGCAAAUCAUUCCAUAUUGCCACAGCACACCAAGAGGGACAAUCAACCAGAUCUACCCUGACCCAGACAUAUCCACAUCCAGACACCCACUCUUCCCCGAAAAGACAGCCCAACAGCCCAUCAAUCCAACAGAAGACCCUCUCUUCCCCACAAGCCUAGAAAACACCAUCCUGAUCCCCCGAAGUCCAACCACUACUUUCUCAACCAUCGACCCGAGCAUGCUCGACCUAAGUGACCCCGACCAAUUGCAGUUCUCCGGCCCCUGUGGCGACGGAACCUGCGGCAAAGGCAAACAGCCUAUCGGAGAUAUUUCGCAACUGGAACCCCAUGUGCUUGGAGGCUUUGGAUUCCCGCUUCACGGAGACAGUAUGGAUUUUACUAAAGGUUAA